GAACCAAGAUGGCGCUGCCUACCGAGUGUCCCAUGUGCUAUUUCCGGUCGUACUCGGAAGCAGGAUUCCCACCUGUAGCUGAUUCGGUUGGUGGUGGCAGGCGGUGUGAGGUUUCUUAACACUGCUCCUGGCGGAUCCAGCCAGUAGCCAGCAUGUCUAACAGAAACAAUAACAAGCUGCCCAGCAACUUGCCGCAGUUACAGAAUCUGAUCAAGCGGGAUCCGCCGGCCUACAUCGAGGAGUUUCUACAGCAGUAUAAUCACUACAAAUCCAAUGUGGAGAUUUUCAAAUUACAACCAAAUAAACCCAGCAAAGAACUGGCAGAGCUGGUGAUGUUUAUGGCACAGAUUGGUCACUGCUAUCCAGAACAUUUAAGUAACUUUCCUCAAGAGCUGAAAGAUCUUCUUUCCUACAAUCACACUGUCUUGGAUCCAGAUCUUCGAAUGACAUUUUGCAAAGCUUUGAUCUUGCUGAGAAACAAGAAUCUCAUCAAUCCAUCAAGUUUGCUAGAACUCUUCUUUGAACUUCUGCGUUGCCAUGAUAAGCUUCUUCGAAAGACUUUAUACACACAUAUUGUCACUGAUAUCAAGAAUAUAAAUGCAAAACACAAGAACAAUAAAGUGAACAUAGUGUUGCAGAAUUUCAUGUAUACCAUGUUAAGAGAUAGCAAUGCAACUGCAGCCAAGAUAUCUUUGGAUGUGAUGAUUGAACUCUACAGAAGAAACAUCUGGAAUGAUGCCAAAACUGUCAAUGUGAUAACAACCGCGUGUUUCUCUAAGGUCACUAAGAUAUUAGUUGCUGCUUUGACAUUUUUCCUUGGGAAAGAUGAAGAGGAGAAACAGGACAGCGACUCAGAGUCUGAGGAUGAAGGACCAACAGCAAGAGACCUGCUAGUGCAAUAUGCCACAGGGAAAAAAAGUUCCAAAAACAAGAAAAGGUUGGAAAAGGCUAUGAAAGUGCUCAAGAAACAAAAAAAGAAGAAAAAACCAGAGGUGUUUAACUUUUCAGCUAUUCAUUUGAUUCAUGAUCCCCAAGAUUUUGCAGAAAAACUACUAAAGCAGCUAGAGAGCUCUAAGGAGAGGUUUGAGGUGAAAAUGAUGCUCAUGAACCUCAUCUCCAGAUUGGUGGGAAUUCACGAGCUUUUUCUCUUCAACUUCUAUCCCUUUGUGCAAAGAUUUCUGCAGCCCCACCAAAGAGAGGUAACAAAGAUUCUUCUGUUUGCUGCCCAAGCAUCUCAUCACUUAGUACCCCCAGAGAUCAUUCAGUCAUUGCUAAUGACUGUGGCCAACAAUUUUGUCACCGACAAGAACUCUGGGGAGGUCAUGACAGUAGGAAUCAAUGCUAUAAAAGAGAUAACAGCUCGAUGUCCUCUAGCCAUGACUGAAGAACUUCUCCAAGACCUGGCUCAGUAUAAAACACACAAAAAUAAGAAUGUGAUGAUGUCUGCUAGAACUUUGAUUCAGCUCUUCCGAACACUGAAUCCUCAAAUGUUGCAAAAGAAAUUCCGGGGUAAGCCUACAGAGGCUUCCAUAGAAGCAAGACUGCAAGAAUAUGGAGAAUUAGAUGCUAAAGAUUACAUUCCAGGAGCAGAAGUUCUAGAAGUUGAAAAAGAAGAGAAUGCUGAAAAUGAUGAAGAUGGGUGGGAGACCACCAGUCUCAGUGAGGAGGCAGAUGCCGAUGGUGAGUGGGUUGAUGUGCACCACUCUUCUGAUGAAGAACAGCAAGAAAUCUCCAAGAAGCUCAACAGCAUGCCCAUGGAUGAGCGGAGAGCCAAAGCUGCGGCCGUUAGCACUAGCCGAGUUUUAACUCAGGAAGACUUCCAGAAAAUCCGCAUGGCCCAAAUGAGGAAAGAACUUGACGCUGCACCAGGGAAGGCCCAAAAGAGGAAACACAUUGAAAUAGAUAGUGAUGAGGAGCCCAGGGGUGAGUUACUUUCUCUUCGGGACAUUGAACGCCUUCAUAAAAAACCAAAGUCUGACAAGGAGACAAGACUAGCAACGGCAAUGGCUGGGAAGACAGACCGAAAAGAAUUUGUGAGGAAGAAAACCAAAAUGAACCCAUUUUCUAGUUCCACAAAUAAAGAGAAGAAAAAACAGAAGAACUUCAUGAUGAUGCGGUAUAGCCAUAAUGUCCGGUCAAAGAACAAGCGUUCCUUCCGAGAAAAGCAGCUGGCACUACGAGAUGCACUUUUGAAAAAGAGAAAAAGAAUGAAGUAACCUCCAAGCAAGUUUUCCAUUCCAAGAAAAAUGCUACAUUUGUAUCGUUGUUUUGAAAAUUAAUCAAGAAUGAUUGUUUACAUUAAAAAGUCCCAAAGUACUGUAUUGUGAAGAACACAGUAAACUUGGUAGCAACUUGGCAUUAUUGUUUUGGAGAUAGGGAAUGGUGGGAAUGUUUGAAAUGUAAACAGUAGUGGUGGUGUUGUAAACUCAUUUCCAUUUGGCAUUCAUGCAAAAAAAAAAAAAAUGUUUUGUGCCUACUAAUUGUCAUUGUAGAUAUAAAAAUGAAUGAGCCAUAACCCCUCACAGAAGGCAUUCACAGCCUAUUUGGGACAUAGGAGGGGGCCGAUGUGUGUUGUAUGUGUAUUUAUAGCGCAGUGUAAAUAGUUCUCUAGUAGAGAUAGGUCCCUGCUUCUCUGGGGUCAUAGAGGACUCUGCAGGGCAUGGGAGUUACAUUUUCUCUUAAAACAGGACAAUGUUACAAGAGUAAGAGAUUCUUACUUGUAUAUAGGCUUACCUGCUGAAAACAGGUCCUUGCUGUACAGAUUUUAUGUAGACAAUUUAGCUCUUUUAGUCCAUCCAAAAAACUGUUAAGUAUUUUUUUGAAUGCCAGGUAUAGGCUUUUUGGUUAAGACCUCGCUUUUUAAAUUGCCUUAAGUCUAAAUAGUAAUCUUGGAGUGUUUUUUUAGUUUGUCAUUUGAGCCGCCACAGAGGAAAAAGAAAUCAGAUUGGUUUCUUCAGCCUGCCAUCAUGCUGUAAUAUUUUCAGCCUACUGUGCUUUGUCUCAGCAAAAGGUUCCUAAUGUCAGAUAGGUUCCGUUGUGUGUGUUGAGUGCUGUGUUGGUCUCCCUUCCCUGGGCAUGUUUGAAUAGAUUUCAGGGGACACAGAGCCCUGGUCAGUCUCUCUCUGCAAGUUGUUGCAUUUGGAAAUAGUUUGGUGCCUUUGCCUCAGAUUUCUUAGAUAGGAAGAUGUGGUAGAUGAGAAAAUUGUUCCAUGUUACUUUAGAAUAAAAGACAAUUUUCUGCCCACCCAGAAUUAGAAAGUAGCUUCUAAAACCACUUCUCUUGUUCACUUUCUGAGUUCGCUUUGGUUUUAUUUGG